GAGGAUACACGAUUAAUACGCGACACAAUGUCACUUUGGGCCUAAAGUCAACAGAUGAAGCCACUAAAGAACUUACAGAUGACUACCCUUGCCCACAAUGCUCCAAUCUGUUCCCAAGCCCACGUUGCCUAGAUUACCACAAAAUGGUGGUCCACAACAAAUUCUGUGAUGUCUGUGGCCAUAGAAUUGAUGAUGAUCUAGAUGUCACGCAUCAUGGACAGCAACAUACUGGACUGAAGCCCUAUCAGUGUUAUAUAUGCUACAAAUUGUUUGCAGGGGUUAGUGGCAUAAGUGCACAUGUUGCCAAGGACUUAAAAUGUCUGCUCUGUGGACGACAGUUCCAGAGAGGUCAAAAGAACCAACAUUUUAAGCAUUAUCAUCGCUAAGACUUUGCUACAUUAUUUGAAUGGUACAUGUAGUGCAAAACAAUGAAUGGAUAAUACACAUUCUGGAAAAUGAAUAGACAGUGAGGUGUGAAAGAAAUGUACUGAAAUGCACUGAGCUGAUAGAUCACAAAUUAAUUUGCAGAUAUUGUUAGACAGAUGUGGGUCAGAUGUUUAA